AUGAGUUGCUGUUUUUUCAUCAGUUCCAGGUUCUCCCGUAGAUCUUAUGGUGCAGACAACAAAGAAAAGAGAAGUUUYGUUAAAAUGGCAAAAACCUGAAUCAGUAACAGAAGCAAUAAAGAGCUAUACGAUUUCGUUUGAAGGACAGAAAGACUACAACAGAAGUUUUGUACACAGCGAUAGCCUGUCUGUAUCAUCCACAACGAUAGAGGUACCAAACCUAUAUCCAGGUACUCGUUACACGUUCCAAGUGUCUGCCACCACUGAGUGUGGUAAAGGAGACUACAGUCUUUCAUCAUCCAGCAAUACAAAGGUCGAUGCUCCACCUGCUCCUGUUGUUGGAUUUGUUGGUAACAUUACUGCGGAAGUGAACAACAUCACAGUUUGGGAAAGUUCUGAUAUCAAUGGACAAAUCAAGGCUUACCAAAUCAUUGUUGUACAAGUGGAUAAAACCACUUCUAUCGAUGAAACGAAACUAAAAAGCUAUGAAGAAGCAGAAAAGGAAGAGCUACACUACUACAUAGCAGCAGAAAUAAGAACAAAUCAUGGCAAUAAAUUCCCACGAAUUUUCAAUCUUGGAGAUGAUAAAGAGUAUAAUGCAUACCAAAAUGUCAAAAUAAAGGAUGGAAUGAAAUAUCAUGUGCUGCAAAGAGCUCUGACACAAAACGAAAAAUAGGAGUACUUGGCGGGUCGAAGCACUUUGAUAGCAAAAGGGAAGAUCCCCAAUAAGAAAGACUCGUUUUCAGRACAGCAUACGCCGGCUACAGACAAGACAUGUUCAG